AUGCAAAAAUUGCGAUUGGUAAUUUGUUGGUUUGUGUUACAUGCGUUAAUCGGUGUAGAUGGCCGUUAUGGGAGAUACAAAAGAUCAAAAGCACCAUUUUUGAAAAUAGAACAAUGCAGAGACUCAGCAAGAGCAAAGCUGAAGAAAGGAGAAUGGAAUCUAUUAAUUUUACAUAAUAAUGAUAUGCAUUCAAGAUUUGUGGAAACAGACGCUAAACAAAAUGAGUGUCCAGACGAAAUUAAGGCAGAGAACAAAUGCUAUGGAGGAAUGGCAAGAGUUGCGACAGUGGUAAGGCGCGCAAGAAAAGAUGCAAAAGAGGUGGUCCACCAGUUUUGUAUUUAA